UCAGAGGCCUCAGGGUGUGUUUGCCACCGCUGUGUGAGCAAACAAUGACUGAGGACAGGUUGAAGGUGGACCCCUCCAAGCAGGAGGGGCUGGACUCAGGAGAGGGAGACACAGAGCCUAGCCUGCUGCUGCAGAAACUAAAGAGCAACAUCUCGUAAGUCCCACCCCUCUGUCCACACAGCCACUGCUUAAAUCAUCAAAAUGGACAAUAAAGUAUUGUGUAGUAUCAGCACCCUCUCCAACAUUUCCUGCCAUUUAUCUCAUACAGCUCAUCCAUCAGUGUCAUUAGAAAGUCUUCAGAAAUUUGUUUGUGUCUAACUGUAAUAGUUUUUUUUUUUCGCAGUAAGAAUGUACAGGGCAAAGUGGACAUUAUCCUGGUGAGUGCCAAGACAUCUUUGGGAUUGCACGGUGUAUGAAUUGCCUUGUCUAUGAAUGGUUUAAGACCCAGAUUUAUCAUAUGUCUCUCCUACCCACAGCAAGAUGUGCAGCGCUUCUCUGACAACGACAAACUCUACCUUUACCUCCAGCUGCCUUCUGGCCCCAGUUCAGGGGAGAAAAGGUGAGCAUCAUUAUCAUUAGCAAUCACUCUGGGUCUAGCACUGUAUGAUUGUCCUCCUGGAGGGACAUAUUUGUGGCUCUUCAGAUGACUGAAGAGGCUGAUUUAUGACCCACAAAUCCCACUGAAGAGGCCAGUGUGUGUGGUGAUAGUGGGUGAUGUUCAGCCUCUUCUUUCGUUGUUGCCGCUUGUCCUCAGUGGCAUGGUGGAGGUCUUUUUCAUGAUGUGCAGCCCCACCGUGGAUGGCCUUCCUCCAUUAGUUUGAUUUCCAUUCAGUCCGUUAGAGAUAGGGGGUGUACUGUACCUACCUACUGGCGGUUUAAGGUUUGUAGACAAGGAGUUUAGUUUUGAUCUGGAUGUUAUUGUGUGCGUUUGAGAUGCAAAGAUUCAACAGAUCAUGCAGAUCUAUGUAUCUCGAACCUGCACGCAUCUCCAAAUUCCCCAAACUCUUUUUCUCAGUCUGGCAAUGGCCCCGCUGGCACAACUUAGGCGGUGGUGUAUUUCUGCAUCGAUGUCAGCUUUGGAGGAGAGAACACUGCCAAGGUAAGGAAAGAGGUCCACAUUUUCAUGGGCGUUAUUGUCAACAUCUAUACAAAGCUCAAUAACCCAGUCACAUACUGACUUUUUCCCCAGUAACGCUUUACACUUAAAACGAUUCAUAAAUGCUAUUAUAAAUACUUUAUAAACUCUAAAUGAUUUAGUUAAUAGUUUACAAAUCUGUUAUAAAUGUUUAUAACACAAUGAUUGAAAUUGUGUGAUUGUUAUUUAGUUGCUUGCCAAAAUGUGAGUGCACAUUGAUUAUUAUUAUUAUUGCCAGUGCAGCAAUGCAUGUUUGAGCUGGAAUAAAACAGCAGCAACAUGAACCGUGUGCUGGCUUUUCACCUUUCUUUUUCGGGAGGGGGGCCCAGCACCGGUUGAGACAUUUGGGAUGUGCAUAUCUCCUUCUUUGAAUUUUUUUUAAUGUUCACCGACUUAACUUGUUUCAAAAUAUCUACAUUGAACUGUCCCUUUUUUUCCGCCACAAGAAAAAUAUAUUGUUUUAUCAGCAAAACAUGGCUGCUGAGAUGUACUGAUAGCUUUGUUGUGUUUGUCCUGAGCAGCAGCAGCAGUGACCCCAGCUCAUUCAACACAGCUGACCAGCUGCACACCUGCAACUGGAUCCGUAGCCACCUGGAGGAACACGCAGACACCUGCCUGCCCAAGCAAGACGUCUACGAGACAUACAAGUAAGUUCAUGUCAUGAGACACAGCUGUGACUGUGAAUUACAAAUGUACUUGUGAACCCGGACUACCUGGACAUCAAUAAUAAAUGCUCAUUUUCAUUUUCCGUUGCAAACACUUUGCUACGGUGUGCCGUAAUGAAAACGACCCAGCUAAUGUUAGGAUCUCUUGCCCUCUAAUCCCCCAGGAGAUACUGUGAAAACCUGCAGCACCGGCCUCUGAGUGCUGCUAACUUUGGGAAGAUCAUCCGUGACAUCUUCCCCAACAUCAAAGCCCGGAGGCUCGGUGGAAGGGGACAAUCCAAAUAUCCUUUCAGUCUGUCAGGAGGUUGUUUUGGGAGGCCCUUUAAGCAUUUUAACACAAUUUUACUUUUGUGUGCCACAACUGCAUUGACACCUGCAAAUUAAGCACAACUGCAUUGACACCUGCAAUUAAGUAUUCAAGCAGCUCCCUGAAUGCUGGAUGGAAUUCAGGGAUUCACCUAUACUUCAAUGCAUCCUAUUUGUAUCCUAUUUUUAUAUUGUUGCACAAUGCGGGAAAUGUGGAUAGAAUGAUGCCACGGAGUACAAAGGCUCAAACAAGUAUUACCAUAGUUUAUUGAUAAGUGGAGAGGGUGGGGUUCCCCUUUCUGUCUACAGUUCUUCCUUAACUCUUCCGCUGACACGUAUUGUUAUAGUGGAAUCCGCAGGAAGACGGUGCUAAACAUGCCAUUGUUGCCAAACCUGGACCUGAAAAACGACCCGGUAUGUAUGACUAGCCAACUGCACUUCCUGGUUCUAUGAUAGCACACUACCAUUGCUUUUGCUAUAGCUAAGUGCAAAAAUGACUGUCAGUAGUGAUUAAGGCUGUGCGUCCAUGUAGUCGGAGCUGACGGAGCUGGUGCAGACCUACAAGCAAGAGGUGACGGAGGCGGCUUGUGAGCUCAUCUGUGAUUGGGCCCAGAAGAUCCUCAAGCGUUCCUUUGACACAGUGGUCGAGAUCGCCCGUUUUCUAGUGCAGGAACACAUCGUCAACCCGCGCUGCAGCCAGGCUGAACUCGUCACUUCUGCCGCGAUGGCAGGUGAGUCUCAGUGUCCUCAUCUCCAUCAUACUGUGUUCAGUCGUCCUCAUUACACUGUGUUCAGUCAUCUGUGAUUUUUCUCUGUCUCACAGGAGGUCCUGCAAAGCCCCACAAGGUGAUCAAGAAGAACCCAGUACCAUCCAAAGGAGGUGGGCCAGAGACGGAAGGGAGCAGCUCUGAAGCGAAGGUAGUGAGUGCAUCAACAAUACCCUUUCAAAGACUAAAUGCAAAGUACAUGAACAUACUGCUGGGCUGGAAGUUGUAAUCAUAGUAGCUAGUAAAAAUGAGCCAUAUCUACUCAUAUUGGGUUUAUGUAACACAAUGAUGUUGUUUCUCUCAGAGGGAUAAAGAAGUUGGGGAUCAGUUGUUGCCAGGGAAACUGCAGUCCAGUGACAAGCCAACUAAAGGGGUGGAGUCGGUACGCCCGGGGGGUCGCGAAUCGCAGGUUGAGGCUCUGAUGAAGCACUUGCCCCGAAUCCUGCCUCGCAGCUCUGUCCCGGAAAAGUCCCAGCUUUCGGUGCGCUCUUCACCCCCGUCGCUGGCGCCCAAAGACGCAGGUGGCGUGAAGGUCAUCACAAUGACUGCCCUGCCCCAGCAGCAAGGGGGCGCUCUCCCAGUCAUGAUCCUCCCCCAGAGCGUCAGCCUCUCCUACCCCGAUAGGGAAAAAGCCCCGCCGGUCACCAUGGCACCAACGUCGGUGGUGCAGAGGGCCCGCGCCGCGACCAAACGGGCCCCCGAGGCUCCGGCUGCAGUCAGCCGGGGCCCCGGGCCAGGAGGCACACCGGCCAAACGGAAACGAGGACGACCCAGGAAGCCACGGCCAGAAGACACCGCCCCUCCGCAGCCGCCCCCUCCACCCCUACCCUCGGUCAACCAAGCCCCUAUCAUGAAGUCCCUCACUGGAGGGGUGAUCCAGAAAGCCUGCUCUUCCUCCUCCUCCCAGGUGGUGGAGGUCGUAUUCCAGGACCAGCAGGCCUUGGUGCUAGGCCAGCUGCAUUCGGUAGCGGACACCGGCGACCCAGCGCAUCGGGGCGUGGUGCUCGAGACUGACCCACGGCCCUUGCUGCUGCUGCCAGGGACCAGUCACACAAACUGGGACAUGGGCAGGGCCAUGGUAGAGGUCAUCCAGAGGGCCCCGAGACCAAUCACCAAGAACAACAACUCCCAGUCUACCCCCCACCACCGCCUGCCCCUGUCCACUGUGCUGGAGGAUCGAGGGGAGGUGGAGAUCACCCUCACCCCCGUGGAGCCUUCGGACGAUCUGCCAACCCCCACCGCCCAGGCUAGCUCGGAGGGCCGCCCCACGCCCGAUGACAGCUCUAAAGAACCUAGUUCUGGCCCUUCCAGUCUCGAGCCUCACCCUCCUUGUCCCAGAGACUAG